AUGGAAUACUUCCCGGAUGAGCCUGAAAGUUAUGAAGAUAUGAGCUAUACUUUGUUGAAACGGAAAAGUGGUUUUUCUCAGACACGAUUCGGAUUCUUCUUAUGGUCUGGGGAAGAAAAACGGAAGGAUUUGGACACUUUCAGUGAGGAUGAGCACAAGUUCUUGAAAACGGAGCAGAUUCUGUGUGAAGCUUUGCUUGCUGACAUGUCAGCUCAGGAACUUAAACUGUUGGAAAUGCUCGAAAAUAAGAAUGAUGAUGACUCAACUCAUCUGUUCGAUAUCAAACGAGGAAUCAGAAAGUUGAACGAAAUCUUUGCUGAUUUUGCUGAUGAUGGAGAACCAGAGAUCGAUCACACAAAAGUGAGAAGACUUAUCUCGAAUUACGCUUCUGAGAUCGAAAAAAUCGGAAAGGAAACAUGGAAGUCGAACUAUGAGCCAGAGUCUUACAAAAGGAGAUUGGAAUCGCUACAGACUCUCGUUCAACCGAAUUCACACAUGUCUGUAUCAUGGAAAGAAAUAUUGGAUCAAAAAAUAAAAAAUGCUAAGAUCAAAGUGGAGAUGUUCAAUGUGCAUAUUAGAAUCGAAACAAUCAAACAAAGGUAUGAGAAACCUGACGGAAUCAAGAGGGAACUACUCGAAUCAAUAUGGGUAGAGUGUAUCGACGUGAUCAAAAGAUUGGAGAGAUUCCCUCUGAGAGGGUUCCAAGUUGUCGUAGUUCAAAACGUUAUCGGAUUGAUAAAAAAUAAAAAAUUCCUAUUCAAACCGAUCGUUUUGCCUGAAGAUCGGCCUCUCCUUCCUGGUUUCAAAAACGCUGAAAGCAAGCCCUUGAGUGAAGAAAGAGAUAUUGGAAACUCUGAAGAAGUUCAAAUAAGUUCCAAUUCAACUGAGAUGGCCCCGAUACCAUCACUUGUGGUUAUGCCCCAACCGCAAAUGUUGCCAACAUUAGUCAAUACAGUGCCCAUGAACAUGAUUCCACAUGUUAUCUUUCCAUAUCAAAAUCUGAAUGUCCAACAUAUUCUUCUACAUCCUCCGAUUCCAAACUAUCAACCUAUUCACUUCAAUUACCCAGUUUUCCCAGGACAACAACCAGGACCUCAUCAUUCAUCGCAGGGUACUAAUUAUGGACCAAAGCAGUGA